AUGGAUAAUUUUAAUAAUUAUAGAUUUAUAUUUCGACAUUUAUCUUCUCAUCAAAUUACUAUUUUAUCAUCAUCUACUGUAGCAAAAUUAAUUGUACAUAAUUCAACAAUGAAACCAAGAAAUGAAACGAUUGUAAAUACUCAAUCAAUUAGUUCGUCGUCAUCAUUUUAUUUAGAAUUACAAAUUGAUCGUUGUGAUUUAAAUGAUUCUCCAUUUCUUUUAUCUUUAACUAAAAAAUUGCCUCAUAUUGUCAUAUGGCGUAGCGGUCGUUGUGAAACGAUUCGAGAUAUUCUUGUUCUUUCUAUAAAUGGUUGA